CCAAGUCAAAGAUCCUCCCGUUCCCAACCCGAUGCAGCACCUGCUUCUGUGGGCGGUCAUGAUGAACCGGCGAAAACUGGCGCGGCUCUUCUGGAGGAUGGGCAAGGACCAUGUCGCUUCUGCCUUGACGGCCAGCAAGGUUCUGAAGUCCUUGGCCAAGUUUGCUGAUUCUAAGGGGAAGCUAGAUCUCAGUCUGGAUCUCAACAACCAUGCCGAUGAGUUUGAAAGGCUUGCCUGUGGGGUUAUCAGCGAAUGUUACAGAUUGGACAAGACAUCACAGGAUCUGCUGAUCCGUCGUCAGGAAAACUGGGGCAACACGACCUGCUUGGCGAUCGCCUACUCGAGUCGACACGUCAAGUUCAUGAGUUUGGACGCCUGGCAGUCAAAACUCAACAAGGUCUGGAUGGGCAAGAUGGCGCCCUAUACAACCUGGUGGAGGGUUCUCUCGUCGAUGUUCCUGCCCUUCAUGAUGUUCCUGCCCAUCUUCACCAUCAAGUUUGAGGUCCAGGUGAAGGAUCGAAAGCAGGAGGACAGUGUGCAGCAGGCAGGCGGCCAAGACAGAUUCUCGAGUGUUUCCUGGCCGUGGCAGCGCAAGGCACAGGGCAUCGGGCCGCUCCAGGCCAUUUCUAACUUCCAUGUGGCUCCAAUUACCAAGUUCAUGUACACUUACGUGUUCUACAUGGCAUACAUGGUGAUCUUCAGCAUCUUCAUCCUGACGGACCUGCAUCCUCUGGAGGAGAAUCCCAUCAGCAUCCUGGAGUACCUGACGAUCGCCCGGCUGACCAGUUUGCUGUUUGAGGAAAUCAGACAGAUCUGUGUGGAACACCCAAAAUCGCGCUGGCACAAAGUCAAGAUCUGGUUUGGCAGCUUCUGGAACAAGAUGGACUGUGUUCUCCACCUGAUGUUCCUGCUGUCGCUAGUGCUGCGCUUGACGGUGGCGGCCGGGCCGGGGUUCGAAUAUGUGCGAGGCAUAUACUGUAUCACCCUGGGGUCCUCAUUCUUAAGGAUGGCACAGCUGUUCCUGGUGCACGCGAAAAUUGGACCCAAAGUCAUCAUGAUCCAGAAAAUGUUGGUGGACCUGGGUAUCUUCCUGGGCAUCAUGCUGUUGUUCAUCUUUGCGUACGGCGUGAUGCGGCACGCGCUACUUUACCCCAACAGCCCGCUGGGGUGGCCACUCCUCAGGGACGUCUUCCUCAUCCCCUACUGGCAGGUCUACGGAGAGCUUUUUAUUGACAAUGCGGACGGGACGAUUCUAGGCUCUCCGUUGGUCACUGUUCUUCAGGCUCUGUAUAUGCUGCUGACGAAUGUGCUUAUAUUGAAUCUGCUGAUUGCCAUGUUCAGCUACACCUUCCAGAAGAUUCAGGACAACUCGGAGCAGGUCUGGCGCUUUAACCGCAACGAAUAUAUCCUUGAGUUUCACGACCGACCUUGGGGCCCUCCACCCUUCAUCAUCCUGGGCCUCGCCUGGAGGUUCGGGCGCUGGCUCUGGCUCAGGCAUAAACACAAAGAGGACUUCAACGACUUCAAUCGUAAGUUCUCAGAAGAGUACGUCGGCAGACUGCAGUUGGUCGAGAGAGCUGCAGCAACAAACUACUUCACGAAAAACCCGCACCUUGAGAAUGAAGAAAUCCAGGAUACCACCAACAGCGAAAGACCUGACUCUGCGACUACCUGCAUCACCGACGCCGUCACUGACCUUCAGCACCGCAUGUCUAAACUUGAAGAUCACUUGGGUUCAAUUAAGGACCUGCUGGAACAGCGGCUGCCUAAAACAUAAAGAAGGGAAACAAUAUACAUGUAAUUGUAAAAAAAAGUUAGACGCUAUUUCCGGUCAGUCCUACGACACUUUCAAAAAUUGAAAUUAGGGGGCCCAAACCCACUUCUUAAUCAUCACAAGAUAUCUGCCAAAAAAUCAAGACCACAGCAUGUCCAGAUACAUAGCAUGUUAAGAGAUACGAAAGAUACAUACGUUCUGCUGCAGUACCAAGGUCACACGCCAGGGGCCCAAAUUUGACUCCACCGAUUAAAAAGUUAUGCUGAUACUUAUUAUCCGGAAACAUAGACAGUACACACACAUACGCACACCAGAAGCUAAACCUCCACUUUUCAUGUAGGUAAUGACCUUUGGUAUUUGAUUACCUUCACCAAGAAGGUUAUAUUUUCGGUUGAGACAUGAUGUUGUGUGAUGAUAUGUAGGUCAACAGCAUAUAACUAGAGAAGCUGUGGAUGGACUUUCAUGAUACUUGGUAUUUGAGUGUUGCAGAAACAAAGGUCGAAUUCGAAAAUGGUUGGCGGAGCACUUUCCGUCGGCAGUGCAGCGGGCCGAGUACAUGUGUGCGUUUGUUUGCGGACAGCAUAACUCGAGGAGUUGCGGAUGCAUAUGGUUUUGCAUGAUAUUGGUUGGAUAGGUAGGGGUUGUGAAAACGAAGGCCAAGUUCGAUAAUGGUACUGCAGCGGAGUUUCGAAGUUGGAGGUAAAAUGUUCAGGUUCAUGAUUUUUAGUAGUGUACGAAUACGUUUUUGGGUAGUCGUGUAAUUUUGGGCCCCUAGCGGCUUUUUAACUGCAGGAGCCGAUGUUGUUUUAGACUUUAGAAGGGAAAAACUAAAAAAAAGAUGGACGGAUUGUCAUGAUAGUUGGUGUGUUGUGUUGGUGUGUUGAUAGUUUGUGUGAUAAUUUAUAUCGUCAAGUGACAAUUACGGUAAUCUGUACCAAAUUUACAUAAUUGAUGAAGCAAGCUGAGAAAUCUCAUGCAUUACAUGAUGAGACCUGAUUUGGGGGACAGUAGAUGUAGAUUAUUUUGGUUGGUCUAAUAUAAGUUCGUCAGAAAAACAAAUGUCAUGCAGUGGGCGUGCUGUUUAUUUUUCCAAGAAAUUAAGAAGGGGUUAUGUUUUUAGUCUCCAAGCAGACGUGUCAGCUACCGUAGAUGAAAAAAAGAGAUGAAUUUGGCCAAAUAAGUUGCCAUGGGAUUUCAGUCAGUCAUCUACAGUCUAUCCAGCACAGGCCGGUCAGUUCACUCCUAGGCCAGUUUACCCAUACUAGGCUUUUAUUCCUAACUUUGCCAAAGCCCCCUAUCAUCAUAAAAUGGAAUAAAAUAAAUAAUUUAUUAUUCGCCCAGGCCUGAGUCAGGCAGAGACUACAUGAUUUUGACGAAGCACUAUGAAAGUUGCGCUGGACAGUAUCACAACAGUGUACAUAAUUUUAUUGUUACCUUCGUCAAGAAGUUUAAGAUGUUUUUGCUAGCGUUCGUCGGUUUUUGGGGAACACAGGUCCAUGCAGUCGUUUGCUAUUGGAGUAGGUACUCUUUAGCAAUUAUAUACAUGAAUAAGAGUUAAAAUCUUGAAUAAAGGCAUGGUUAUUUGGCGACGGGAUGUGUUCACUCGCUCACUCACUAUCCGUUGUUGGAUGAACUGAAAGUCUGUGUAAUAGAAAAAGAGUUUGAAUUGUUCUUCAUGGGGAUCAUGUAUACCAGUUCAGCUUUAAUAUCAGUUACUACAUAAGAGGGACGUGUACCUAAAAUUAGCAAAUUGCUACAUUAUGAUAUUGUUUGUCUUAUAGCACAUGGCUUCAACGAAGUGGUGAUAAGAAACAUUUAAAUUUUCUAUCAUUUUGUACAAUACUUAUAACCAUCUGAACUAAGCUGGUAUGCUUCAACUAACAUCAUCUACAGUUUGUCAUAACAAAUUUUGGCAAUAUUGCGAGCUCGCCGGAGUGAGUGAGUUCCCACUUUUUGUGAUUUAUUUGGCCUAUCUUAGCUUACAAGGAAACAAUUAAAAGUAGUACAUUAUCAUCAAUGUUAUCUAAAUCAAUAUAUUAUCAUAAGUACUAAUAUUAUUUUAAGUACUGAUACCAUGAAUAUCAAAUAUUCUUCUGGCAUAUUGCUUUAUCGCACAAGCUUUGUACAACAAUCUACACUACUACUUUGUGUAGUAAAGUUUAAAUAGAGUCACUAAAUAGAAAGCAUAUAAAUGUUGGGUAUGACAGCUUAUUUAUAUAUACGAGCAUACAGGCUACAAUUCUUCAGAAAAAAAGAUUCUGACUUUGUGUUCAUAAGAAAGGUUAUCUAAGCUCAGUGACCUGGUGCAAAAGGUUAAUUGAAAGAUGUUUUCAUACAUCAUUUUGGCAUUCUAAUUAAUGAUACUUACAUAAUAUUACACGUAUUAACUAUCUUUCAUGUGUUCCAUAAAUAUCAACUUUUUUUCAUAUUUGGUUUUUCUCUCAAUCAAUAAAAUAACCUGUUCUGCUCUUAAAUGUCUGACUGUUGUGUACUUAAUACAUUUUGUCCACAAUUCACCCUUCCCAUAAAUUAUGAGUUAUGUAAAAUAAUAAAUACUAUAUAUUAUGAGUAUAAAAACCAUCUUGCCAAAGUAUAUAGUCUGUACUAUCACUACAAUGGUGUACUGCUCUUCCCAUGGUUAAGUAGGUCUAGCAUCCUCAAAAUUACCAGGUAGUUGGUGGCUUAUUCACGGGCUAUCGACUAAUUUUGAAACACAGUUGGCACUUUUGUUAAUGACAGUGAUCAUAAGAAUCUUAAGAAUAAAGGCCAUAUCCUGAUCAUGAGUUACGACAUAAUUGAAUCCAGCAGUACAAUCCAUUCUCAACAGUAUGCAUAACCAUUGGAACAUUAAAUAUAAUUAUGCAUAAACCCAGAACCUUAUGAAGGUAUUUUUAUGAAAGCAAAUGUCUUUUAAUAUUAAUCCCCCCAGUAGCUUCCUUUAAAACUGAAUCUUCCUCUACAGUUCAAUUCAAAAAAUGUAAAUCAUACCUCAACUUAGAUAUCGUUUCGUACUUGAGCCUGUGAGCAACAUUGUCAUGACAGAAAAAAAUAUAAACAGCAUUUCUAGACAUAGUCUUUAGAAGUUGAUGCAAUGUACAAUGGCAGGACAAAAAAGACAUAAAGACACCACUCUUCUCC